AUGAGAGAACAACGCCUACCAACUGGAACAUCCGAUCCACUGACUUUCACAUGCACCUGUCCAGCAUCAAAAUCUCACGACGGGGUAGUCCUUCUCUUCUACCGAUAUUUCGGUGCGACUCCUUCCCUCCCAGCCUCAUACCAUGCUCUGGGAGCCGAUCCAUCCUCUCUCGCCUCAUUUCACACGACUCAUACCCAGAAGCUCAACAUAGGAGGUAAAAUCCGUAUAGCGAAAGAAGGAUUCAACAUCACCGUCGGCGGUACGAAAACUUCAAUCGAAGAAUACAUGCGAGAAUGCAUUUCACACUGGUCGUUUGCCGGACUGGAUCUCUCUACUCAAGAAACACAGAGUCAAUUCUUUAAGCCGACCACAGGAGGAUGUGCAUGUGUAUUUGGAGGUGCACCGGCCAGUGUCCGCGUGACGUCGGAGAUUACGCCAAUGGGAGUCACGAAUUAUAUCCCAGCUCAAUGGGAUCAGAUUGAGAGUCUCAGUCCGGAAGACUUUCAUGAGAGAUCUCACAAUGAUCCUGACACUAUCCUUCUCGAUGUUCGGAAUCACUAUGAAUCACGAAUCGGGUAUUUCAUGGACCCUAAGACAGGCGAGGCUGCUUUGAGACCACCGAUUCGAAGAUUCUCGCAAUGGCCACAGUAUGUAAAGAGGCAAAUGAGUGGCUCUCCGGCGAGGAAGGCAGCUGGAACGAGACAGAUCAUGACUUACUGCACGGGUGGAAUCAGGUGUGAGAAGGGAGCAAGAUUUCUGCAGGAGAAUAUGGAGAAGAGCGAUGGCGAUCGGGUGUGCACGCUGAAGGGCGGGAUUGCUGCUUACUUGACAUGGAUGGAUGAGGAGAUCAGAUUAGGAAGAAAGAUUCCUGAGGAUUCGCUGUUCCGAGGAAGGAAUUACGUCUUUGAUGCGAGAGGCUCCACGGGGCUGGACUCAUCUGGAACUUCCGAUCCAGUAUCGAUAUGUCACAUGUGCCAAAUUCCCUGCGACACACUCAGCAAGUGUCGUUCCAAAGGCUGUCAUCUCGUUCUCGUGGUUUGUGACAGAUGCGAGUUGAGAGAUCUAAGAUGUUGUCAGAGCUGUCAAGAUUUUGAGAGGCAAGCUUUGAAUCUCGAACCAGAAAAGUCUGGCCCUAGAUCAAUUUGUGCUUGUGAGAGGGAAAGAGAGGCAGAACUUUGGGGACCGGAAGAGGAGAAGAUACAGAAGACUCAAGGAUGGAGGAAAGCCAAGAGGAGGCAAAACACCAAUGGCAUUAAUAUUCAAGUCAAGACCAUCGAUUGA